AUGUCUCAAAAAACGGUAUCUUUUAAUGUUGGAGGUACAACAUUUGAAAUCACUAAAGAUCUUUUUAAUGCUCAUCCAAAGAGUACUUUGUAUAAACUAGUAAAUGAGUCAUCAUCAUCGUUUGCUUCUCGUCUUAGUUCAAAUAAACCUGCACAAUCAAUCUUUCUCGAUCAUAAUCCAUUAGCAUUUAGCGUAGUAUUAGAUUAUAUUCGAUAUCAUAGGUUAUGUUUACCAAAAAAUGUUGCAAGAGAAGUAGUUGAAUUACAAUUACGAGAAUUUGGUCUCGACGAUGAUAUUAAUUUGAUAGUACCAGAUCAAAAUGUUGCUAAAGUAUUUGGUGAUGCUAAAUACGAUGGUAAAGACGAGGUACUUAAAGCUAAGGGAAAUAACGUUUUGCCUUCUUAUGAACAGGCCUUGAGUGGAUUUUCUGCCUCUUACGAUUCGAAUUCGGAUAGGAAAAGAAUGGGGAAUGAUGGAACUUCAUUGAAAGAUGACGUUAUGAUCUCUUCUCUCAGAAGAAUUGAUACGUUGGUUUCGGACGUGAUUUUACCUUAUCUUAAACGUCAUGCAAAACGUGGGCAUCACCAAGUGACGUUUUACUUGACACCAAACAACGUCACAUCAAAAAAUAUUACAACCGAAUUGGAACAUAUCGAUAAUCCACAUGAAUGGAUUCAUUUACCAAUCGACUCAUCCACUUUAGAGAAUAAUGACGACUUGGGAAAUGAUUUGCCUGAUCUAAAAUUUUUGCUUCAAAAAAUGGAUACGCUCGAUCAAAUUCAAGAUUUUAUUAUUAGUAAAUCCGGUGCCAAGGAAUGCAAUGUGAACAAAGUUGAAGUUAUUUGUAGAAAUGAAAAUGAGUUUGGAUUAUUUA